CGCCUGUUAGAAAACCCUUUCGUUUGUCCAAGUAUUAGAAGCCAGACCCCCUUCCACCAGAACAAACCAAAAAACAAACCAUACCCACAUUUUCCCAUCCUUCACCAUGGCUCCCGCUAAAACAGAGGUUCUGGUCAUAGACCAACCCGCUCUCCACUCCAAGACCGUCGCUACCGAAGAGGUCAUACCACUUCCUGAUCUCGCUCCCCCUUUACUUCCCACUGAGAAGAUUGGUCCUAUGGGAUGGAUUCGAAGUCUUCUUCACUUUGAGCUUGGUGAGAGCUACAAUGCUGAGGAGGUAACUUCUAUUCUCAAGAGGGCUUAUUCGGCGUUCAAGGAUCGUACGCCUAUUGCGGGUUGUGAGGCUGUUCCUACUGCUGAGUAUCUCGAGACUGGGCUGUUACAGCUUCGUCAUUAUGGUGAUGAGAUUGAACAUGACUUUCUUGUCAAGGACCUUCGAGGUGAAGACUUUCCAAGUUUUGAGGAGUUGAAGCGUCGGGGUUACCCUACUUCUGCUCUGGACCCUGAUGUUGUUUGUCAAAGAGGUCUAGGCGGAGAAUGGCCUCGUGCUGGAGAUCGAUUGAACACUACUAUGGUGCAACUCAACUUCAUCAAGGGCGGUCUGCUCCUCAACGUCUUGUUUCUUCACGCCUACAUAGAUGGAACAACGGCAUACAAGUUCACCGAGAUCUUUGCCGAGGAAGUCCGCAAAGCUCAAGGCCUACCGAUUACCAACCCAGUCGAGGUUCCCUGCGAGGACAGAGCAAAGUUGAUGAAGCCAUCUGAUACCAUCGUUGGCAAACCCGAGGAUCAUCCUGAGUACAUCGAAGUACCCUUCACACCUGAAGGACCCCCACCUAAGCUGGCUUCACCAAUUCAUCACGGUCACAUCUUUUACUUCUCAUCUGAGAAGAUCCAAGAACUCAAAGAAGCUGCUGCGCCUCGCAAUGCUAAGCUUUUCAAGUCAGAUGACACUUCUUCUUACAUCUCCACGACCGACGCUUUGACUGCGCUGGUCUGGCGAUGCACUAUGACGGCACAGCAUGCGAAGAAGGAGGGUGAGGAUAAACCUACUGGACCAUCUAUGGUUGGUCUGGCUCUUGAUGCUCGUCGUCGUGCUGGAAAGUCUAUUCACAAGCAUACCCUUGGCAACAUUCUUGGCUUCGCACCAGCCAUCAUGGACAUCGAGAAGGUUCUAGAACAUGAAGAUGUCAGCCUAGCAGACAUUGCUCUCGUUGUCCGAGGCGCCGUGAACAAAUCCAAGGACACGUACCUGGCCACCAUCAGCUCCCUCGUGGACGGCCUUGGUAACGUGUCACGAUUAAUACCUGUCAUUUUCCUGGACAUGCCAGGCAACCAUGCCUUGUUCUCAUCCUGGAGAGAGUUUCCUUUUUAUGAUAUCCAAUGGGGUCCUGCUCUCGGUGGCCAAAUCAAGGCUAUUCGGCCACCAUCGGUCGGAGUGACUCACUCUAUGCACAUCAUUCUGCCUGAUCGACCUGAUGCGGGUCCUGGUGUUGAGGUGUUCGUUGGUACGGAGAACAGUGCGAUGGAGAAUUUAUUAGAGAACCCCCUUUGGAGACAAUAUGCUCAAGGUCCGGAGAAGGCAUGAAGUAGACAAAAGCGAGGCGAUGGAAGGGCAUUUUACAUGGCAGGCUUAAAACCUGUCUUAGAUUAGGUAUGAUACACGACUUAAAAUGGACGCUUGGGCAUUAUC